GGUCAUGAACAGGGUUUAAUUUUACCCAGAAGUAAGUCGAUAUUAAUGAAACUAAAAUAAAAAUUAUUCCUCAAAUUAAAUAAAUGAACAGUGCAGAGAUUUGCCUAGAAAUUUUUACAUGACAGGUUACAUGAAGAGAAUAAAGAGAAAAAUUUUGUAUUUUUCGGCAAUAAUGGGUACUUGCACGUUACUGAUUUAAACUGGGAAUACUGUACAAUAGGGACUGCGAGAUUUCACAUGAUUUUGAUCAGUUGCCAAUCUCUGUUAUUUAUGUUUCUGAUUUCCUUUAACACACUAAGGCUGUACACACAAAUUGAAUACCGCGCGUUAGCGCAGUGUGAUAAUUUGUCUGCUUAGCCUCCAAAAGCAAAGUAGGUUGCAGAUAUGUGAGGGAUGCACUCCCAGUAGUUUUCAGUAAGAUACCUUGUGUUAUUAUUAAGCUAUGGGGUAAUCUUAACAAUCCUAAAAUCUUUGUGGUCUUUAGUGCGAAAAAUUAUUCAUAUAUAAAAUAUUGUGGAAUCACAGUUUUAAAUUUUUAUGAAUACCUCAGGCUUCAAAAGAUAUACUCUCCUUAAACUCUGUCCCAAGAUAUUUUUGAAUCACAUUUUGCUUUAUUAUUUGAUAUUUAUUGAUAUCUUUAGAUUCCAAUGAUGUUAAUUCAAUAAUGUGGAAAAAUUCCAAGAUUUCUCUUUUAAUUGAAACACCAUUACACCACCUCUAGCUUGUCAUAUUUUAAUACACAAAUACAGAUAAACACUCUACUGGGAUUUUAAAUUGCAAACUAUAUGAAAGUAUCUUGAAUGAUUAUGUUGAAAAACUGUGAAAAGUAUUCUAAGAACUUCUGAAUGACAAAAAAAAGUUGAGAAAAAGAUGAAGGCUGGAGUUUCUGUCAGCAGAGUGACUCCAAGUCAACGUCAUUCAUAAAUGAAUGAAAAGGUGUCCAAGUAGAGUAAUGGACAGUGCACUCGCUUUUCACCAUUUUUGACCCGAGUUUGAUCCCUGUGAUUGACAGUGGUUGUAUGUGAUAGGGUAUGGCGGUUGCCCGCUUGGACACAUUGAUUAUUAGUGAAGAAUGAAGCAGGAGAAUGAAGCAGGGAAUAAAUUAUUUGAAUAUUAUAUGUGUCAUCAUUGGAGCAUUCAUUGUAUCCCCUGCUUUAACACAAAGUACCAAUAUAAUAAGAACAGGCAAAAGGGGUGAGACUAGCAUAUGCCCUAGUUUGUCGGGAUGGGAGUUAGAAUCACAAAAACUGUGUUUUGAGAACGUGAACUUGUACCAUUGUCUACUGACCAGAGAUGACUACUACCUUGAAGUCUGCACUCAACCCAUCCAAGUACCUCCAGGUCACUUUCCAAGAAUAUCAGAACAGUACGACAAACUUUAUACAGAACCAUGUCCAGAUGAUACUUACCAACCAGAGGGGGCAAUGUCAAACAAGUUCCAAAAGGUUUCUUGUGAAUACAAGAAGAAUAAAUGUGAUGAAUUAGGGGAGUCCUAUUGCAGCAGGGGUAGUAUGACUAGUGAUGUACAAUGUAAAUGUGACUAUGUGAAAGGCUACCGUGCUUCGGAGUACCUCAUAGAAAACCCCAAGAAUCAGACAUGUUACAAUAAAACACAUGGGGCUAGAUGUUACAUGUGGAUUUGUGAAAAUGGCAUGGAACUAAAUCCAGCUUAUAAGUGUGUCAACACGUGUGAUCCAGGGUACUACCGCCCACCAAACCAGUUUAAUUGCAUAUCAAACCAGACAACCAGGAUGCCAAUCAUCACAGAUCCCAUCACCCCUCCUACAGCAUUACCCGGUACAUCCCAGGCACCCCGUCCUGGAGCUCCCACCAAGCCUCGUGUGACGCCUUCAGAUAAAAUGUCAGGAGUUGAUGUUUAUGCUGUUGCAGGGUUUAUCAUUACCUCUAUGGUAGUCAUUUUACUUUUUUUAGGUGUUUAUUUCAUUAUGGAAAAACAAUUCAAAAUCCACAUGAAUCAUCCAUCCGUCCUCAAAGUUUCUUGUAGUCAGAGAAUGUACUUGAAAGCAAGUAUAUCAGGAUUCUGCUGCUCUGAUAUUCAAUUCCAAUGGAAUAAGAAAGUGGAUGGUGAUGAGGAAGAAAUGGAUCUAACUAAUGAUAGGCGUUAUCGGAUAGAGAGUGAUGGAAGUUCGUCUUCCCUUACAAUAGAACAUGUGGAAAGUCAGGAUGAAGGGCACUAUAUCUGCUUAGCAAACUUAAAAUGCUGGAGAAGAAUAGCUGACAAAUCAGAAACAACACUGAUAGUUAUCGGAGGUAACUUUAAUGCCCCUAUUCAACCACAGAAAGAAGAAGAAAGCAAGAAUAUAAAUAAUAGUGCUCCUCCAGAUAAAAAAGAUACACCUGUAUCUUCAGCGCAAACCGUAAUUUACGUAAAGAAGGCAAAUCAUGUUACAUAUGGAAAUACAACUAUUGUCCACAAGUACCCAGAUGCUCGUAGAAAGGAUAGCAGUGAAGAAGAACCUCUCUUACUCAAGAGUACACCAAAACAAGUACCGAAAAAAAAUAGCCUUGAUGAUGAGUUGAGAAAGCUGGACACAUUAUUAAGGAGAUCAAGCCAUAAUGACCUUCGAGUGGAGGAUGUACCAGGUGACGGAGACUGUCUGUAUCACACUUUCAUUCGGAAUCGUCAUAUCCAUGGGCUUCCAGAUAGUCCCAAAGAACUCAGAAGGCAACUUGUCAAAUAUCUGGAAUCGAAUCCAGACAUUUCAGACGGAAUGUCAUACAAGGACUUUCUGUGCCUUCCGCUAGAUCCAGACCAUGGCGUUUUGCAGCCAGAGGAUAAGGCAAUUGAGACAACUGUGGAAAAUGCGGAUGACCAAAAGGAGUGUAGGUGGCAGAUAUUUUUGAAAAAGAUCCAGGGCGGUAAGUGGGGAGGGAGCUUGGAGAUCCAGGCCCUCUCCCAGCUGUAUAAUGUCCCAGUUACAGUCUUAACAAUAGAUCCGGAUGAAUCCAGACUGAAUGAAAUCCAUUUCAAUCAUACUCCAAAAACAACCAUGAAUCCUGUCAUUUUUAUUGGGCAUCUGAGUGUCAAUGGAAAGGGAACCCAUUUUGUGGCAUUAAAACCUCUCGAAGAAAAAAGUUUUGAACAGCCUGCAAGUUUUCAGCAGGGUGAACCCCACAAGAAGAUAUUUGAUAGUACCUAUCCUUACAAGGAAGGGGAGAUAAUGUACCUUCAGAAACUCUUAAACCGGAUAGGUUGUAUAGAGACCCUUAGUGGUAGAAAAAAUUACGGAACAGGAUUCAGGGUGGGAACCAAAUACGUCAUGACAGCCUUCCAUGUAAUGGAGGACGCUCUAAGCCAAUUUUGGAAAGAGGUUUAUAAGAGACUAACAGAUGAAGAAAGAGAGCGGGUGAGGUGGACAAGAGAUUGUUUGCCAGAGGACGGGGUCUGGAAAUUGUCUACACUAUUAUCAUCAUUGGAGCCGGACAAAAUGAAAAUAUUGGAACAUAUAGGCACAGAAUCAAUAACUGAUGAAUUUCAAAUUAAAUUUGGAUUUGUGAGGGACAACCCAGACAGUAUUAACUCCAAUUUUUCCUAUGAAGUAGCAUUUGCCUCUCCGUCUCAUGAUGUUGUCAUUCUUGAACUGAUACAGGAUAACAAAUUACCCGAUCCAAUUCACCUCAAAUCCACAAAUGUACCAAGUGCAAAGCUUCAUGUGCUUGGACAUCCAAAUGGUGUGGAGCUACAGCAUGAUCCAGGGUGUGUAAUCAUUAAGGAUGAGGAAGAAUUAGAUAAACUUGUAGAUCAAGGCAUAUCAUUCUUCACCAAUCAAGGUUAUGCAGAGAGCAAAGUCAAAGAGGAUUACGCCCCCUGUAUACUUUCUCCAGACCAUAUCCUCUUCCAUUGUUCAAAGAGCACUGCCCACGGUGCCUCUGGGUCCCCUCUCAUAGUAAUCAUCAAAGACAAACCUCAGGUGAUAGGCAUGUUACUCAGGGGACAUCCCAAGUUGUACUACAACUACCGGCAUAACCACGACAAAGAGACAAACGAUCGCGCAUAUCUGUUGGUCGAGUUGGGAAUCUCCAUGGAAAAAGUUCGCUCCCUGCUCAUCUACCAUUCUUUAAAUGAACUAGCCCAUGAUUUAUUCCAACACUAGUCCAAGAUUCAAUCUUAUAAACUGUAAGGUUGUUUUAACUUUGAGGUUGUCUUUUAGGUAACAAGUGAGUUUAUGUUUGGUAUCUUGGACAUCGAUAUCUCUGAUACCAUAGAUAUGGUGAAGUGAGUUGGAAGUCCCAGCCAUUCAUUAAAAAGUCAUAAACUCUGUAUUUCGAACCUUCAGAAAUCUAAGUUUUUUUUUCAUGGUCACAUUGAGUUCGGGAUAAGAAGACAUGGCUGUACGUGUAUUUUGUUUCACAUAAUACAUGUUUUGAAAUUGUUUAGAAAAGUUGACUUUCUAAUAAUUUGACAAAACGUUCUUCUUCAGUGGAGUUGAGUUUAUGUUAGGUGUACAUGCAUGUACUGUAUCAAACAUAAAUUAUAUUUGUUAGAUUUAUAAAUCAAAUUUUAUUGGAUGUAACAUUGUUUUUAGUUAUAAAGUCAAGAUUCAUGAAGUUCAUUGCUUCUUUUACAUUAUCUUAAAUAGAGUAUUUUUAACUUGUUUUGCUUUACAAUAUAUACAUUGUAAAGAUAGUAAUUUUUAAUAAUGUGGACAACAAUAAUGAGGAAUUGUUUAUUGCUUGUUGCACAGGAAUUUUUUUUUUUAUAAAGUUUUUGUUUAAUUCUUACUUUUAAACAUUUAUUGUAAAGGACUAUAUAUGAUAAGGGCCUAAAAUGGCCCCCUAAAAUGAACAUCAUCAUUUUACUAUCAUUCUUUGUUUUAUUAGUACAGAUAUGUAUGUGAUGUGUUUACAUAAUAUUCAUUUUGGUUCAAGUGCCCACAAUUUAGAAAUAUGACAUUGUAAAGACAACCUUUUCCCGCCAUUUUUGCAUUUUUAGCGUAAAACAGCUUGUUUUCAAGCAGUUUUUCAGUCUGAAAACAUAGAGUGCAUUCUUGAACAAAUAAAAUAUUUUAAUCAGAGAUGUAUCUAGCUAAGACUAAUAAGUGACAAAAAAAUUUUCCUUGUUCAAGCAUGCGCUCUAUAUUUCCCAUUCGUAAAUAGAUAAGAAAAAUGCCUAUUUUUGGCUGAUUUUGAUUGAAUUGUAGAAAUGGCGUCACUUUUGACGUCAUAUACUACCAGUGAGUGCAAAUAAAUCAAAUAAAUAUAUGAAAAAUAUAUUUUAUAUCAACUCUUCUAAAAAAUUAGUGAACAUUUUAUUGUACCCGAAACACUUAAAAAAUGGCGAAUUAUGGGGGCAAAAUUUAACUCUUAUCAUAUAUAGUUCUUUAAAAACCCACUCAACUGACAAAGGAUCAACUAUUGGUUAAAGCCAAAGAAAUUAAUAACAAACUCAAAAUGUACCAAUUUCCAUAUAAUUAUAUAUGUAUAUUGUUUCCCUGUAUGCAUGAAAUCACAACUAGUUCUCAUUUCACGGAUAACUUUGACCUCAAUCACGUUCUUUUACCUACUGGUAUAUAUUGUUUCUGUGAUCUCAACACUACUUAGUGUUCGUCAUGCGUGGAUAUAGGAGGGGGGGGGGGUGUCAGGGGGUCCACACUCUCCCUCCUUGCAAAUUUUAAAUUUGAAAUAUAAAAAUUACAUUAUAAAAUUAAUAAUAAUUUUAAUUGGGCUUCGGACCACCCCUGACAAAGUCAAAUAACCGUUCGAAAACCCCUGGAAAAGUUUUCUGGACCCGCACUUAUUCAUUUUAUAUCAGUUUUAUCAAUUAAACUUAUCAGCCUGUAAAGUAUUUUAGUUUAACUGGCUUUGUCUACAUGUUAUCUCACUUUUCCUGGUAUAUGUACAUUAAUGCAAGUGGAGAUUCAAAAUUUACAUGUGAAUUUGAUAAGACUAUUUUUGGGAGCAUGUUUUACCAUACAGUUGGCAUAAUUAGUUUUUGUAAUUUGUCAAGUGCUAACAGUGUUACGAGUGUUUGUUAUCAAGAGGCAGCAGUGACUGAGCUCAGCUGGUGAUCAUCUACAUCCAUCUUGUCCAGUUCACUUUUUAAGUGUUCUUUGUUAUCAAAGCCAUGCCCAUUAGUGAAGUAUACUUGCUGGAUAUACAAUCAGGAAUACCAUUAAAACAGGUGUAGGCCUCUCUUAAAAUUUUAAGAUCAAUUUAUAUUGUAUUAUUUGUUUGUUUGUGUUUUUUUUUUUUUGGGGGGGGGAGGGGGAGUUACCAAUAAAUUAAUGAUAUAUAUAUAUACGUAUACUUGUAUUUGUAUAUACAUGUAUUUAAGAUACCAAUUACAAAUUAAUGGUUAAUGAACUGAACUGUAUUUGUAUUUAAUUGCAUUCCUUUCAUAGUACAAAGUACACACAAAAUUGUAAUUCAGGACUUGCUACACAUAACUUGCUUUAUAUUUUCAAUUCAUACAGUUUUAUAUUCACCAUAAAAUCUAUUGAUUUUGAUAGAAGAUUAUGCUGUUACUUUUAAUAUUUUAUCAGUAAGACUGAAUUAGAGAAAGUGUGCCAAACAGUACAUAUAUAUAUAUACUCUAUUUGCAUGUAAUGUCAAUUAUAAAAAAUGAACAAAUGAGCAAGUGAAAAAUUUGACUCAAUUAAAACACAAAAUGAUAUAAAAUAUCCUAUACUUUGAAUGUUCUUUAGUAAAUGAAUGAAUGAAUUACUGCUGUUGUUAAACAAAUUGAAAUUAGUUUAUCAGUACCGGUAAUUUACUGCUGGUGGUACCUAAAUGUAAUUUAGUAUAUUAGUGAAUAACUGGUCGGUAUCUAUAUGUAAUUUAGUAUAUUUAAAAUUUAGUGAAUAACUGUGGUUGAUACGUAAAUGUUAUAUAGUAUAUACAUGAAUAACUGCUGGUGGUGUCCAAAUGUGAUUUAGUAUAUCGGUGAAUAACUGUGUUUGCUACAUGUAUAUGUAUGUUUUCAUCAAUCGUUGCUUUGAUUAGUUCUUUAGUUCAUAUGUGGUACAAAAAAUAUGUUUUUUUAAGAUGUCAGCAUGGUCACAGAGUGAUGUAUUUUCCAUCAUAAUGUGCGAGAGGACAGAUAGAUGUUUGCUCAUUUUAAAAUGGCUCAAUCAGUAUCAGAUCUCGAUCAUCUAGAGCUUACCAUGCAGUGUGUAAAACCUCACACUUGUCUGUUUUUUGUGUAAAUGCAAGAUAAAUUAUAUUUAAUAAAGAAAUAUUUAUACCUAA